CGCAGACACCACGAGCGCCAAAGGCAACUGAAUAGCUACCACUCUCGCUCCGCGCGCGACGUACGGGCGGCCAUGUCCACCACCGAGGCGCUCCUCGCCGCCUCCGGCAGCGGCGGCGGCAGCAACCGCGUGAGCAUCGACGACGCGCUGGCGCUGCACGCGGGGGAGUUCGGGCGGUGGCAGCUGCGGCACUUCGUGCUGGUGACGGCGGCCUGGAUGCUGGAGGCGAUGCACACCAUGGUCAUGAUCUUCGCGGACCGCGAGCCGGCCAUGUGGUGCCCUGCGGGGGACGGCCUGUGCGGCGACCGCUGCGCCGGCGCCGCGGCCGGGUGGGAGUGGGAGCAGGGGAGCGGCUCGUCGACGGUGGCCGAGUGGGGCCUCGUCUGCGGCGAGCGCUACAAGGUCGGCCUCGUCUAGGCCAUCUACUUCGCCGGCUGCAUGAUGGGAGAAACGUGUCUUCGUCAAUCAUGUCUUGAUCGUAAUUGGCAGCUCGAAUCACUGGAUCGCCUGGACGGAUGCACUACUAAUUCAACAGGGUAUUCGUAGUUGUAUUUUACUUCGGCCCUUGUUUGACUCUCACUGCACUCUUCUCUACUAAACUGGAGCUAGAGAAGUAUACAUGUGCAGCGGAAACUAUCUUACGCGUACAAAUUACUAAUUACUACGUUGGAGUAGUCUUUUACUGUCAUCCAGUAGG